AUGCCCAAGUUCGUCCCUCGUCAGCGUAAGCAUAAGGUGGUAGCGCGCCGGAAAGCUGCUACCAACGAUGUCCCCGCCGAAGCCAACGCCGAGCAGAUUCUGCCGGCAGAGCAGAGCGAGCGCGAUGAAAAGAGGCGCGCAAUGAAGAACGAGCUUGUGCGUGAAUCGCAAAGCAAGAUGAGCGGCAAGAAAAAGAAGCGCCUGGACAAAUACAUUGACACAAAGCUCAAGAAAGAAGAGAAUCUGGAGCUUCUCAAGAAGCUGGCUUCACAAUCCCACAAAGUCGACACAAGUCUCUUCCAGAGCUCCAGUAAGCUCGGGAGAGGCGGUGAUACCAAGCGCGAAGCCCUACGACGCGCUUUAGCUGAAAGGAGAGCUGGUGUAGAUGUCGAGAGGAAUGAAGAGCUGCUGUUCGAGGAGCACACUGUCAGGGAACCCGAGAUCGAGAGCUCUGCCUCCGAUAAUGGGAGUGAGACAGUGCCUGCACCAUCCAGAAAGUCAAUGAAAGGCUCCACGUUGGGGUCACGCAAACGAAGUCGAUCACCGCGGAGAUCACCAGAACCCACAACCACACCGACUACAACCGAGCCACCCGUAGCAUUUGCUGGCAGCUUCGGCCUCUUUGGAGGCGGCUUGAAGCGUCCCCUCGACCUAGACGGGUCAGGCAAGCCGAUCAUACAAGUCAGGAAACGUAGAAAGGCGAAGGCCAAGCCCAUCGUGAUCGAAGAAGAGGUAGCUUGGGAAGGCUUCAGCUCGGGUGAGGAGGGCGCUGAAGAGGCACGGGCUAAGAACUAUGAAGGAGCCGAAGCAGAGCCGACCGAGGAGUCAGACAUCGAAGAAGACGAAGAGGACGCAGAUUCAGAAUCGGAGGGCUCAGAAAGAUCGGACUACUCAGAGGGUUCGGAUGAGGAAGAUUCCGACGAAGACAGCGACAGCGACGAUAGUCUUGAUGAGAAGGAGAGGAAAGCUGCCCAUAAGGAACGGACGUCAGCCUUCAAGGCUUGGGCGACGAGUCAACGGAACGAACAGAUAGGCUUUGUGCCGUCGAACCAACUCGAUCUGACAAUACCCACGAAGCCCGCCAAUUUCACACCAAGAGCCCCCGAGCAAGAUCCUCUCCCGCGAGAACUCGAGACGAACACGGCGACCGACGCAACGAGAAAAGCAUACAGCGUGGCAGUGAAAAGAACACCAGAGAUUCAGGAAGCUAGGAUGCAGCUCCCGGUAGUUGCAGAGGAGCAGAAGAUAAUGGAGGCGAUACACAAUAAUGACGUGGUCGUUGUCUGGGGAGCUACAGGUAGUGGCAAGACUACGCAGGUACCACAGUUUCUCUUUGAAGCCGGCUACGGUGCGCCAGACGGGCCCACGCCAGGCUUGAUCGGCGUUACGCAGCCCCGACGAGUCGCAGCGGUCAGUAUGUCGAAGCGUGUUGGCGCCGAGCUGGGAGAUCAUGGUUCGAAGGUUGCUCAUCAGAUCCGAUUCGACACUACAACAAACGCAAAGACCGCAGUUAAGUUCAUGACCGACGGUGUACUUCUGCGCGAGAUCACACAAGAUUUUAUCCUGUCAAAGUACUCUGCUAUCGUCAUUGAUGAGGCCCACGAACGCAGUGUCAACACCGAUAUCCUCAUCGGUAUGCUCAGCAGGAUCGUCGAACUUCGAGCGGGGAUGUCGAAAGAGGAUCUGAAAGUCAAGCCUCUCAAACUGGUGAUCAUGUCGGCUACCCUCAGAAUAUCGGACUUUACAGAGAACAAGCGCCUCUUCAGGAGUGAACCUCCGCCACUGCUCAAGGCCGAGGGUCGCCAAUACACAGUUACCAAUCAUUUUGCCCGUCAGACUGAGCGCGACUAUGUCGAAGAGAUGUAUCGCAAGGUUGUUCGAGGACACCGCAAGCUGCCAUCUGGCGCCAUGCUCGUCUUCCUCACGGGCCAAGGCGAGAUCAUGCACCUGGCGAAGCGUCUUAAACAGGCAUUCCCCUCAACACAAGGUCAGGAUGUCAAGACUGGCAAGGUACGAAUCAACCCUGCGGAAGCGCCUGUUGAGACCGAGGAUCUCGAGUUCGGCCCCGACCAGAACGACGAGGAUAAUGAUGGUUCUGACUCUGAGGACUCCGUCAUUAUGGGUCUGGACGACGAUGAGGACGACAAGGAGUUCGAUAUCAACGAAGAGAAGCCCGAGGAUACUGUCAUGAAUGUGCACGUCUUACCACUGUACUCGCAGCUGCCAACAAGUCAGCAAAUGCGCGUCUUCGAGCCGCCGCCGGAGGGGUCUCGAUUGAUUGUUCUGGCUACCAACGUUGCGGAAACCAGUUUGACCAUUCCUGGAGUUCGAUACGUAUUUGAUUGCGGGCGAGCGAAGGAGAAGAAGUACGAUCUCAUCACUGGUGUGCAGAGCUUCGAAGUAGGGUGGAUCAGCAAAGCUAGUGCCAACCAGAGAGCUGGUCGUGCUGGUCGUACUGGCCCUGGUCACUGCUACCGCCUCUAUUCUUCUGCCAUCUUUGAGCGCGAUUUUGAAGAGUAUGCAGCACCAGAGAUUCUGAGAACGCCACUCGAGGGCGUAGUUCUGCAACUCAGGAGCAUGGGCGCGCCUGUGGUCAAUUUCCCAUUUCCAACACCGCCAGACCGUGACAGCCUCCAGCGAGCCGAGAAUCUUUUGUCGUACCUCGGAGCGCUGUCACCUGACGGCAAGGUCACUAAGCUGGGUCAUGAGCUGUCGUUGUACCCUCUCAACCCUCGCUUUGCGCGCAUGUUGGCCAUGGGCGUUACUCAAAAUCUCACAGCUGAGAUCAUUGCGCUAGUAUCUGCCUUGUCUGUACCAGAGCUCAUCAUUCCAGAGAACAAGCUAGGUCUCCGCGAGCCAACAAGAGACCCAGACGCUGUUCGCACGGAGCAAGAUAACAUCGAGGCUGAGGAGCGCUCUCGGAUGCGCAAGGCUUACAACGCGGCUCUGGCCAAGCUGAGUGUUAACGCAAAGCAAAGCGACUGCAUCAAAUCCAGCAACGCCAUCUGCGCGUACGCGUAUGAGACCGACCCAAAGCGGUUCUGCGAGGAAAUGUUCCUCAACACCAAAGCCAUGCACGAAGCCAGUCAGCUCCGCCAGCAGCUGACCAGCAUCGUACGCACACAUCGCCCAACCGCCAUUGGUGCCUACAGCCCCAAGCUGCCGGCGCCAUCAGAAAAGACCAUCAACCUGUUGACUCAGAUCUGCGCAGCAGGUUUCAUCGACCAAGUUGCCAUGCGCGCCGACCUCGCACCCGUUCCCCCAGAGCUAGCCCGCAAGCCCAAGACAGCGAUCGACGUCCCGUAUGUCACGCUCUUCUCGUCGACAGAGACACGCAGCGACGAUCCAAACGAAAAAUACGUAUAUCUCCACCCUUCGACGCUUCUCGCUCGCACCCCGCCCGCCAAGUUGCCGGGCUACAUCAUCUACUCGCACCUGCAGCGCGCCUCUGCAUCAAGCAUCCAGGGCGCAAGAACACCGAAGACGCGCAUGCACCCACUCACGCCUGUCACUCGGCCUCAGCUCAUCAAUAUUGCGCUGGGUACACCGCUGCUGCAGGCUUCGAAGCCGAAGGGCAAGAUUGCGCAGUUGCCGCGCGCGGUUGGCGCGCCAGAGCGACGCGAGUGCGAGGUCGAGAUGCAUCUGGUGGGUGAAAAGGGAAGUCAAGGCUGGGGACUAGGUGUGAGGAAGGUAGUGCAGAAGAACGAGGGUGCCAAAGGAUGGGUCGUCGAGAAGGUGCUGGUAUAA